GGUUACGGGUGAACGCGCGUGUCAUAGUCAUAUCUAUAUAAUUCAUAAUCUGAGAGUGUUACCAAUGCAUUUAAGUGUGUUUCUUCCUCCCGCCCGCCGCCACUUAACAUUUUACUACAGGAUCCAACAUCCUAUAAACCCAUUUUAACUACAUAAAAAAUACAAUCCAAACAAUUUAAACGACGAAUCUUAGUGAAGUGAAGUGUAGUGACUCCAAAGUAAUGAACACUUUCCAAAUAAGAUAUGACCUAAAGGUCUAUGUUACCAGGUCAUAAAAUUAAAAAAAAAAUUGUUAGUAUCCCUAUAACUAUAAUAGCAAUUUAAAACGAAACGGUAGAUUGUAUUUAUUUUUGAGUAUAUUUUGCAACUGUAAAUAUUAAAACAUUAUUCGAAAAGGUUUGGAGAGGGCAGGGGGUCAAGCCUGUAAACAAAAGGAAACCUAGAAAAUAUUGUUGUGGAGUUAUUUCAUGUAGCUAUUUUAAGUGUGUAAACGUAAUAGAAGUCAAAGGAAGUAGGGAUUGUGGUGUUGCGUUGUGCGGUGGGACACUGCACGGGCACUGAGCGAUGUCGAACGUGGAGAACGUGUGCUCGCAGGUACUGCGCAGUGUGGUGCCCAAGAUGUGCCGGUUGGCGGCGGAUCCGCCCGCUGGCGUCAAGCUGCUGCUGUGGGACAACGACAUCACUGACGUCGUGGCCCUCAUCGACGGUCCAGCGGACACGCCUUACGCCGGCGGUGUGUUCCGCGUGCGGCUGGCGCUGGGCAGGGAGUUCCCCGCCGCGCCGCCGCGCGCCUACUUUCUGACCAAGAUCUUCCAUCCGAACGUGUCGGCGGCGGGUGAGGUUUACGUCAACACGCUGAAGCCCGACUGGCGGCCGGAGCUCGGGCUGGCGCACCCGCUGCUGGCCGUGCGCUGUUUGCUCAUCGAGCCCAACGCGGACUCUACGCUCAACGCCGAGGCGGCGGCAUUGCUCCGCGACCGCUACGACGACUACUUCGCACGAGCCAAACUCUACACCGACAUCCACGCGCGCCCCGACCACGCGCACUCGGCGCACGCCCACAAGCAGGAAUACCGCGACGUUGAGGUGAAUGCAGACCAGGGCGAGGAGGGCGCGGAGAGCGACGAGGGAGCGCCGCACCCAAAGCGCGAGCGGCGGACAUCGCCCACAGCGCCCACCGCGCCUACAGCGCGAACCGUGCCCACAGCGCCCACAGCGACCACCGCGCCCAAAGCGACCACCGCGCCCAAAGCGCCCACCGCGCGUACCGUGUCUACAGCGACCACCGCGCCCAAAGCGCCCACCGCGCUUUCCGUGCCUACAGCGCCCACAGCGACCACCGCGCCCACUGGGACCACCGCGCCCAAAGCGCCCACAGCGACCACCGCGCCCAAAGUGCCCACAGCGACCACCGCGCCCAAAGCGCCCACCGCGCGUACCGUGUCUACAGCGCCCACAGCGAUCACUGCGCCAAAAGCGCCCACAGCGACCACCGCGCCCAAAGCGCCCACAGCGACCACCGCGCCCACUGGGACCACAGCGACCACCGCGCCCAAAGCGCCCACAGCGACCACCGCGCCCAAAGCGCCCACCGCGCGUACCGUGUCUACAGCGCCCACAGCGACCACUGCGCCAAAAGCGCCCACAGCGACCACCGCGCCCAAAGCGCCCACCGCGCGUACCGUGUCUACAGCGCCCACAGCGACCACCGCGCCCAAAGCGCCCACAGCGACCACCGCGCCCAAAGCGCCCACAGCGACCACCGCGCCCAAAGCGCCCACCGCGCGUACCGUGUCUACAGCGCCCACAGCGACCACCGCGCCCAAAGCGCCCACAGCGACCACCGCGCCCACCGUGCCCACCUCGCCCACAGCGUGUACCGUGCCCACAGCGGCCACCGCGCCCAAAGCGUCCACAGCGCGUACCGUGCCCACAGCGCCCACCGCGGACAAAGCGCCAACAGCGCGAACCGCGCCUACAGCACCCGCCGCGCCAACUGCGCGUACCGCGCCCACAGCGCCCACAGAGCAUACCGCGCCCACAGCACUCACCGCGCCCACAGCGCGUACCGCUCCCACAGCGCCCACCGCUCCCACAGCGCCCACCGCUGCAACAGCGCCCACCGCUCCCACAGCGCCCACCGCUCCCACAGCGCGUACCGCGCCCACCGCUCCCACAGCGCCCACCGCUCCCACCGCUCCCACAGCGCCCACCGCUCCCACAGCGCCCACCGCUCCCACAGCGCCAACAGCGCCCACUGCACCCAAAGCGCAUACAGCGCCCACCGCGCCCACAGCGCGUACCGCGCCCACCGCGCCAACAGCGCUCACCGCGCCCACAGCGCCCACAGCACCCACCGCGCUACCACCCGACCGAAAAUAA